UGGGACAACACUUGGGCCAUUGAGGACCUCAGUAGUCUCACAAUGCACGAGAAGAGACAACGGGAGUCAACUGUGGAGCCGGAGCACCAUGAGGUCUUCAACAGACUGCUUGAGGAUCCUGUCAUUCAAAGAUUCUUGGCUUGGGACAAAAAACUGAGAGUCUCUGACAAGUAUCUCCUGUCCAUGGUAAUUGCCUAUUUUAGCCGGGCUGGCCUCUUCUCCUGGCAGUACCAGCGAAUUCAUUUCUUCCUAGCUCUAUACCUGGCCAGUGAUAUGGAGGAGGACAACCAGGCCCCUAAACAAGCCAUAUUUUUCUUCCUCUAUGGGAAGAGUCACUUUCAUCGCCCCAUGUUCCACAAACUACGGUUUCAAUUCAUUCGUUCCAUGUACUGGAAUAUUCGAGUUUCUCGGGAGGAGUGUGAAGAGAUUCAGGCUUAUGAUCCAGAGCAUUGGGUGUGGGGACGAGAUCGUGCUCUCAUUGCCUAG